AUGACAAUCAAAUCCCUACUUCCUACUUUGAGUGAGAGUAGACGAUGCAAUGCAAAAUUGUUUCAUAGAGAAUCUCAAGAUAUGUGUUGCAAAGGUGGAAAGGUGACGAUUUCACAAGUGACUGCUCCUGACGAGUUGUUACAGUUAUUUUUAGACAGUUCUACUGAAGGAAGACAUUUUAGACAACAUAUUAGAAGUUAUAACCAUGUAAUUUCGUUUACUUCACUAGGUGUUCAUGUCGACGAAAGUUUGGUUGCAAUUGGUCGUGGUAUUCACACAUUUUAUGCUCAAGGCGCAAUUUAUCACAAAAUAGGAGGUUUUCAUCCGAAUCAAGGUUCAAGGCCACAUUACUUGCAGCAGCUUGCACUAGAGCCAAAUAUUGAAGAAUGUAGGUUACUCAUUAAAGAACAUCCAUCAAAUCAACCCCAAUAUAGUCUCCCUUCAGCUUCCCAAGUCGCAACAAUUGUUAUAGGCGGUGGUGAUGAAGAUAGAAUAGAACGUGGAAGAGAUAUAAAUGUCAUCAACUGUGAUGGAAAGCUAACAAAGGUUCAAGAAACAAUGAGGUAUUAUGAUCCUUUACAGUAUCCUAUAUUGUUACCGUUUAGAACAUAUGGUUGA